UCUUGAAGUCACAUAUUAACAUAUCAGUGAACUUCGAAUGUAACUCUAUGUCAGGAGUCCUGAUUUAAUAUUUUUUUACUCUAAAUAUUACUUGUAUGCAGAAAUUAACAGAUUAAAAACAUGAAGCCGUUGCUACAGGUGCUGCCACACAACCAUACGACGCAGUACUGCGAUGGCAGUUUUUGCAGGCUUCAAAUUUGUUAAACCCCGCCAUGGGGAACAGAAUUCCCAUCGCCAUCAAAAGGGUUUAGGGCAGAGCUCUUCUCCUCCGGUCUCAGACGUUGAAGACGAACAUUAUCGCCGAUAAUGUCACAGAAUGAGUCGACGGCCACCGGCGCCACCAAUUCCGAGGCCUGGAACAUAGCCAGAACCCGUUGCAGACUUUCGAGCUCCUCCAUUUCAGCCUCCUUCUCCGUGUUCAUCUUCAACAUCAUCAUGAUCCUGAUCAGCAGUAAGAUCGUUCCCUCUUUCCUCCGCCUCCUCGGCCAGCACCGCAUGAUCUCUGAUUUCAUAAUUGGGGUUCUGUUGGGCAAUGUAAGAUUAUUGCGGGUAACCGUCGAGGAUCAUGUGAUCAUCGCCAUAGUCCGCAUGGGUUCCUUCGCCUUCUGCUUCUACCUCUUAGCCCUCGGGCUCGAGAUGGAGCCUAAAAAACUUCUCAAUUGGUCCAACCCUGCAACGAAGCUUGCGUGCUCCGGUAUCGUCUCCACUAUCGGAAUAACCCUUUUCUGCUACACAAUCAUGAACUUGAGCGGCCUUCAAGUCGCUAGAAUCAAAUCGUACCAAACGGUCUGCGCACUGGCCAUCGCCCUAGCUGCGACCUCUUCCCCCAUCCUCACCCGCCUCAUCACCGAGCUCAAGAUCGGAAAAUCGGAGAUCGGCCGCCUCGCCGUUCGUACCGGUCUCGCUAACGACAUGAUCUGCACAUUCUUCAUGUGUAUCGGCGUUCUUCUCUACGGAUACCAGUUACGGAAUCCCAACGCACCUCUUUCGGCCCAUUUCACCAACGCUAUUCUCAAGCUUCUGUUUGUUACCAUCGAGAUUUGCUUCAUCUUCAAAAUCAUCAACCCCUUUAUCGGCUUCUUAAACGAUCGCAACCCUGAAGGAAAACCCAUCCGUGGCAUCGACAUGCUGCUCGUCAGUCUCGUAUCCAUUAUGCUCUGCUUCAGCUCCGUUCUCUACGGCUACGACCCUAAUUUCAACGCCUUCAUCGUUGGCCUCUGCCUGCCUCGCCAUGGCCGAAUGUCAAAUUUUCUAAUCAGCCGAAUCAAUUUCGCCCUCACCACUCUCAUCCUACCGCUCUACGUCGUCCUCGUCGGCUUUUCCACCGAUUACAGAACAUGGGUUACACAAGAGAGCCGCACCGCCUACAGACUCCUGAUCAUCGGAUCCAUCGGAGUGGUCGGAAAGCUGACGGGGACUGUAGCUUGCAGCAUGCGUUACGGCCUUCUAUGGCCGGAGGCCAUCGCUCUCGGUCUUCUUCUAAACGUAAAGGGUUACUUCCACAUCUUCUGCGCAUACACCGCCUCGACAAUAAACAUGAUCGAACCAGAGAUGAUGAUGGUGAUGUUGCUGGUGACGAUCGGGACGAUCAUUCCGACGCCGUUGGUGGUGGCGUUUAUUGUGCGGCGUGCGAGAGCGAGGGCGAGGGAGCUGGGGGUUAGGCCGCUGGGGUUGCAAUGGUGUAAUGCGGGGAGUGAGGUGAGGAUUUUGAUCGGAUUGCAUGGGCUUCAAGAUGUUGGGAUGGCGGUGAAUGUGAUGGAGGCGAUGAGGGGGAAAGGGAAGGAGGAAGAGGAGGAGGAGGGUAGGUUGAUGGUGUAUGUGAUGGAUAUGGUGGAGAUGACUGAUAAAGCUGCGGCGUCGCUGGUGCAUGGGGAGGGGAUGGAGGCGGUGACGGUGAGGGAUGAGGAGAUUGUGGAGAUGAGGGAGCAGAUUGGGUCUGCAUUGGAUGCUUACAAGGAGCAGAGUGGUGAAGGCGUGAGGGUGCGGAGGAUGCUUGCCGUCUCCUCCUACGACUUUAUGCAUCAGGACAUCUGCAGCGCCGCCCAGGACUGCAUGGCGGCAAUGGUGGUGCUCCCCUUCCACCGCCGGCAGAGAAUCGACGGCUCAAUGGACGCCGGCCACCUAGGACACAGGCUCAUGAACCAAAAGGUCCUGCAACACUCCCCCUGCUCAGUCGCCAUCCUCAUCAACCGCGGGCUCGGCCGCUCCUCCACCCAACGGUCCUCCUCCUUCGCAUGUCAAAACGUCUGCGUCGUCUUCAUCGGCGGAGGAGACGACCGCGAGGCCCUCGCUUACGCCGGGAGAGUCGCCCGGCACCCAGGCGUCAGACUCACCGUCCUCAGAUUCCUCCCCGACGGCAAAGUAACCGGGCCGGGGAGGCGGAUUCUGACGGCGGCGGAGAAACAUGAGAUGGAGAGGAAGGCGGAUGAGGAGUACUUGGCCGGAUUUUAUGAGAGGUAUGUGGAGGGGGGGAGGGGAGUGAGGUAUGUUGAGAAGCGCGUGGGUAGCGGGGUGGAGACGGUGGCCACUUUGAGGGGACUGGAGGGGGAGCACGAGCUCUUUGUUGUGGGGAGAGGGAAGGAGAUGGAGUCGGUGCUGACGGCGGGGAUGAGCGAGUGGGCGGAGUAUCCGGAGCUGGGGCCGAUUGGAGAUGUUCUUGCGGCGCCGGAUUUCUCAGUGACGGCAUCUGUGCUCGUAAUACAGCACUGUGAUGUUGCCAGGAGAUGUGAUGUGAUUGAUUAUGAGUUUCUUCCGGUUUAGGAGCGGUUGAGAGGGGCAAAUUUGUAAAUUUCGUUGUAAAACAAUCAAAAUAUAACGAAAUUGGAAUGUAGGAGGUGAGGUUAAAUAUCUUCUUUUUAUUUAUUUAUUUAUUUUGUUUAUGU